GGCGGAGCUUGCCCCCUGGCUUCCGUCCGCAGCGCCCCGCCGCCGGGCAUCCAUGGAGGCGGCGGCGGCGGCGGCGGAGGGGCGGCAGCCGGAGGAGGAGGCGGCCCCGUGCCCGCAGGCGGGGGAGCCGUUGCCGGUGGAGGAGGAGCAGAAGGAGAAGGAAAAGGAGGAAGAGAAGGAGGAGUCCCCACUCGCCAAGCGGAGGAGGGUGCUGUGCUCCGAGUUUACCGCCAUCACCAGCAGCGACGCGGCGGUGGCGCGCAGCUUCUUGGCCAGCAACGACUGGCACAUAGAGAGGGCGCUGAACGCCUACUUCGAGCCGCCGGUGGAGAAGGAGGAUGAGGCGGUGGGCCGGGUGCCGACGGCCUGCGCGGGGCCCGGGCGCUGUAUUGACCUCACAGCAGAUGCAACUACUAGUGAUGCCAGUGUCAAUAGUGCAGACUCAAGGAAACAGGAAGAUGACAGCAGUUUCUCGCUGAUAACCUGGAACAUCGAUGGGUUGGAUCUAGGAAAUCUAAAAGAACGAGCUAGAGGAAUCUGUUCUUACCUGGCACUAUACAGUCCAGAUGUUGUGUUUUUACAAGAGGUUGUCCCACCACAUCUCUGUCUUCUACAGAUGAAAGCAGGCAAUUACACUAUUAUUCCAGGUAACAUAGAUGGCUAUUUCACUGUCGUAAUGUUGAAGAAAUCAAGAGUGAAGCUACUGAAACAUGACGUAAUACCUUUUCCAACAACCUCUAUGAUGAGGAACCUUUUGGUUGUGCAUGUGAGCAUUUCUGGUAAUGAACUUUGCCUUAUGACCUCUCAUCUGGAGAGCACUAAAGAUCACUCCAUGGAGCGUAUAAAGCAACUACAAAUAGUGUUUAAAGAAAUGCAGAAGGAGUCUGAGUCCACCACUGUUAUAUUUGGAGGGGAUACAAACCUUAGAGACAGUGAGGUUGCCAAACUAGGGAACUUACCUAACAACAUUAUGGAUAUCUGGGAGUUUUUGGGUAAACCUCAACACUGCCGCUAUACUUGGGACACCCACUCCAACACCAACCUGCAUGCAGCGUAUAAGUGCAAGAUGAGAUUUGACCGCGUCUACUUUCGGUCUGCAGAGGGAGGGGGACAUAUUAUUCCACGCAGUAUGGACUUAAUUGGAUUGGAAAAACUAGACUGUGGCAGAUUCCCUAGUGAUCACUGGGGUGUUCUGUGUAAUUUUGAUGUGAUACUAUGAAAAAGACAGAGGCUGGCAUUGUUAGUUUUUAGGUGAUUGGUCUUUGUUUUUACAAAAUUUUACCCUCUCAGUUUAAGCAGGGCAUAUUUAAACUUUCAACCGUAACGCAUUCUCUGCUGUUGACUUCUGCUGGAAUGGCUUCGUUUCAAACCAGGGUUUCCUUUUCCUUACUGUAUGCAUCUGUUCUCAAGUCACGUUUUUAAAUAUUUAUUUUUAAUAAUGUAUGCAAAUAAAAAACCAAAUUCCAAUUUUAAAAUGGGAGGAAAAACCUGUAAACACCAUUCAUUAACAUACUCGAUGGUUUAAAAGCCACUUUUAUUUGGCAUGUAUUAUAAUCUCGUAAUAAAUGCUGCUUUUCCUUAUUUUUUUAAGAAUACUUUUAUUGUGUUCAUGUUGUUUCUUUUGUAACCAUUUCCAUUGUCCUUUACAACCCUGUCUUGUGUAGGGUGUUUUGUAUUAGCUUUUGAAGUUUGUGUU